AUGGCCAGAGCUGAGGGCUUCGUCAGGGUCAGCCCCGACCGCACACGGCUCGAGCUGCCAGACGGCCGGCCCUUCUACUUUGCAGGAGCCAACUGCUACUACCUGCUGACGCGGGCGGCAGACCCGGGUCUGCGCCACGAGUGCACCCGCGUGCUGGACGACGCGGCGGCGGCAGGGAUCACCGUGCUGCGACUGUGGGCGUUUGCCGACGGGGAUGAGUGGAACGCGCUGCAGGCGGCCCAUAACCCUCCAUGCCUACAUCCCCAACUGCAGCCCAGCCCCGGACGGUUUGAUGAGCGGGUGUUCCGAGGCCUGGACUGGCUGGUAGCGGAGGCGGCUGCCCGCGGCCUGCGCCUGCUGCCCGUGCUCACAAACUACUGGCAGGAGUAUGGCGGCAUGCGCUGCUACGUGCGCUGGGCGUGCGCCCAGCGCGGCCAACAGCCACCCACCGGGGAAGGCGAGGCGGCGGAGCCCUUCUAUUCCGACCCCGACUGCCAGCGCAUGUUCCACGCCGCGCUGCACGCCCUGGUGCACCGCACCAACAGCCUGACGGGACGCAUGGACGACCCAGCGAUCCUGGGCUGGGCACUGGCCAACGAGCCGCGCUGCGCAGGGGACACCAGCUGCGCCAGGGUGGCGCUGUGGGCGCACCAUGCCGCCACCUUCCUGAAAGAGCUGGACCCUCACCACCUGGUGACGCUAGACUGCGAGGGCUUCCUGGGCCCCUCCACCCCCGCCGCCUGCCGUGCCAACCCCUUCGACUGCGCCGCCAGCGGCUGCGACUUUGCCUCCGACUGCGGCUCCCCAGCCAUCGACUUUGCCUGCUGCCACCUGUACCCAGACCACUGGCUGCCGCGGGCAGGCGAGCAGGCACCUAUCAUGUCCUUGCAGGAGCAGCUGCGCUUUGCGCUGGGCUGGCUGGACUGCCACGUGGAGCUGAGCCGGCAGCUGGGCAAGCCGCUGGUGCUCAGCGAGUUUGGGAAGCGGCGCGGCGGGUGGCCAGGGGCCGCGGCGGCAGGCCGCGGGGACGAGCAGCGGGCGGAGUAUUACCGCCAGGUGCUGGGCGCCGCGCUGCGCCACAUGCGCGCGGGCAGCGGGCUGGCGGGCUGGGCGUUCUGGAUGCUGGCGGCCCCCUCCUAUCCCGAUUAUGAUGGGUUCACUGUAUACUUCAGUGGCGGGCCUGAUGGGGCAGGCAGCGGCAGCAGCCGCACCGCAGGGGUGAUCAAGGAGGCGGCGGCGGCGGCGCCCAAGCAGCCUCCAUGA